CAAACACUUAAUGGACUGAACAGAGCAGAUUAAUAUGAACAAUCUCCACUGAUGAUCUCAUUUUAUUCAGCUCUACAGCACAAUGUACAGCCUUAUUUUAACCUGUUUUUUCUCAGUAUUUUUGGAUGGUGUGUUUGGCGUUGAGGCGGGUGUAAUGAAGACCGUAAUAGAGGGAGAUUCUGUCACUCUAAACAUUGAUUAUUCUAGAAUACAGUAUAUUCUGAUACAGUGGUUUGCACCUCAACGCUUUUAUAUAGCUCGAAUAGAUGGAGAUGACAAUAAAGUUUCAUAUGGGGAUGAUAAGAUAUUCAGAGACAGAGUGCAACUGGAUCAGACUGGAUCUCUCACUAUCAGGAACAUCAGAAUCAAACACGCUGGUCAAUAUAAAGUAGAGAUAAUCAGCAGCAAAACAACUUCAUACCAGACAUUUAAUAUUAUUGUCCAUGAUUCUCCACGUGUAUCUCGUGAACAGACAGAAGACCUGAAGUCUGUGCCAGUGACAGUUGGAGAUUCUACCACUUUAAGCACAGAUUUUAAAACACAUGGAGAUGAGCUGAUACUGUGGAGGUUUGGACCUGAAGGCCAUCUCAUAGCUAAAUGUGAUAUAGAGGACAAUAAUAUCUCAUAUGAUGGUACGGAUGGGAGAUUCAAUGGCAGACUACAGCUGGAUCAGACUGGAUCUCUCACCAUCACAGACACUAGGACCACAGACACUGGACUUUAUCAACUACAGAUCUACAAUAACAUAGGGACCAAAUACAGGAGAUUCAGUGUUUCUGUCAGUGAUGGGGGUCUGUCUUCAGGUGCUGUAGCAGGAAUAUGUGUUGUGGUACUAUUUAUAGCUGCAAUUGCUAUUGUUAUUUAUUAUCAGCACAGGAUCUCUCAACUAAAGACACAAAUAAUUGAUACAGAUGAACUGAAGACAGCUUUAGUGAUGAAGGGAGAACCUGUCACUCUAAACGCUGAUGAUGCUCAUAUACAGAGAGAUGAUGUAAAUGUGUAUUUUGGAGUCGCUCUUUUAGCUAAAAUCAGAAGAGGAGAGGUCUCAUCUGAUGGCGUUGAUGAGAGAUUCAGAGACAGGCUGCAGCUGGAUCUGAAUGGAUUUCUCAUUAUAACAGACAGCAGAAGCACAGACACUGGAAUUUAUGAAAUGAAGCUCAUCAGCAGCAGCAGAGAGAUCACAUACAUGAGAUUAUUUGCUACUGUCAGUGAUGAAGAAGUGAUCAGAAAGCAAGUGACGAAGGGAUGUCCAGUCACUCUAUUCACAUUUACUGAAAUAACGGAAGAUGCUGAGAUAAUGUGGAGAUUUGAAAACACUGCCAUAGCUAAUAAAAACAAAACGGACAAAAAAAUCUCAUUAGAAGAUGUUGAUGUUCUUAAUGGGAGAUUUAAAGGCAGACUGCAGGUAAACGAACAGACUGGAUCUUUCAUCAUAACUGACAGCAGAAUCACAGACUCUGGAGAGUAUGAUCUAAAGAUCACCAGCAGAAGAGCAACUGUACACCAGAGAUUUGAUGUUACCGUCCAUGCUGGUGUUGAUACAGAUGCGAUGACAGUUUUAGUGAUGAAUGGAGAACCUGUCACACUAAUCACAGAUGAUACUCGCAUACAGAGUGAUGAUGUGAACGUGUAUUUUGAAGACACUCCCAUAGCUCAAAUCAGAGAAGGAGAGAUAUCAUCAGUUGAUAUGAGAUACUUAGGCAGACUGCAGCUGGAUCAGACUGCUGGAUCUCUCAUCAUCACAGACACAAGAACCAAAAACAAUGGACUUUAUAAAUUGAAGAUAAGCAGCAUCAAUGAAGAGAUCACAUAUAAGAGAAUAAUUGUUACUGUCAUUGGUGAACAAGUGAUCACAAAGCAAGAGAUGGAGGGAUAUUUUGUCAAUCUAAACACUGAUACUGAAAUACAAGAAGAUGCUGAAUUAGUGUGGAUAUUUGAAGACAUUGUCAUAGCUAACAAAAACAAAGAGAACAAAAAGAUCUCAUUACAUGAGGAUGCUCUUGAUGGGAGAUUCAGAGGCAGACUGAAGGUGAACAAACAGACUGGAUCUCUCACCAUCACAAACACCAGAAUCACAGACUCUGGAGAAUAUGACCUAAAGAUCAACACCAGAAGAGCAAAUAUACAUAAGAGAUUCAACAUUAUUGUAUGUGGACGUUCCAGAUCAGGCAGUGUGAAUGAAUCAACAAUGAUCAACAUGCUUCCACUAAAUAUAGCUGGUCAUGACAGAGUAAAUGAGUCGGAUCCUUUGUUGAAUGAUGGGGUAGCUGAUGGAGAGAAUGAGCAGCUGGGGACUUCUGUUUGAGAUAGACCACGCUCACUAGUGUGAAUCACUACAGAUGCACCCAUUUUUGAAGACCUUACUAGUACAAAGUAUCUCGUUUUAUGGUGCUUUCAGACAAGUAGCUCGCUUGUGCGGCCCAUUUUCCAAAAGCAUCGUAAUUUAAGUAGUACUUGAAAAUGGUCGUAGGUUAACGAGUGCUAUUAAAAUGAAGCAGUGAUUGUGUAAAAGAAAUGUAUCGUUCUGCACACAGCGAUUGCCAAACAAAAUGCAAUUAUGUAGUGAAUUAAGUUGUACAUUUAAGAAAAUAUUUUUAAAUAUUUCCAGCGAGGUAAAUUACAAAUGUUUUUAAAGUUACACACAAAUAUAAUGAAGUUGCAAUGACGAGCAGCACUAUACGGUCACAUUUCAGCACUUCACGUUUAUGGACAGCGUCUCUUAAGUACCACUUAAAGCGUGUCCUUGCACAUUCAUGUUAAGUGCAGUUUUGGAAAAUGCAUGUAAAAUAUAACGAACGUUCACAAAAUUGCUUGUAGAAAACUCUUAACCACCAAAGAUCAAUCGUUAUCGGGAAACGCAGCCCAGGACGGUUACUGAGAUUAAGCAAGUAGUAUUCGGCUGGUCAUGUGAUUCCAAUAUGGCCGCCCCCAUUUGUGGACCCUCUCCAUGUAGAAUAAAACAGCUUUAAUAAGGUUACUGAUAUGACUGGAGUCUUCAUUUUAAUGUGAGUGCUCAUGAUUUCUGACAUAUAUUGCACAAUUACAAUUCAUGUAUUUAGGAGUUAAACUUUUUUAAUGGGGAAAAAAUUACUGAGUGCACCUUUAACUUUUACUUGAGUCAUUUUACACAAAGAUAUUUUACUUAAAGUAGCUCAUGAGAAAAAUACUUAAGUAAAAGUAUUAAAGUAAGCGUUAUCAAAUGUAUUUAAAUAUCAAAAGUAUAAGUAUAUAGCUUUGACUAAUUCUAAAGAAUCAAAUUGAUCAAAAGAUUCAAAUCGCUUCGCUAAAUGAAUCGUUCAUUCUGCUUUCUGAAAUGAUUUGACCGAUUAAAAAGAAUCCGAUCCGACUCAAAUCAUUCUUUCUCUAAUCGAUUCGCCAAAUGAAUUUAGCGACUUUCUUAUUGAUGAAUGUUGUGCUAAUUUUGCAAUGUUUCUGUGUUUUUCAUCAUGUUUACUGAACUUUUGUGUCUUUGGGUUUGUGUAGCUGUAGCAUCAGACGUUAUUCUCUUUUUUACUGUCUGUGAUUUUUGUAUUUUUUUUAGGACGUUCCAGAUGAAUUAAGUCCAAUUUUUGAACCAGUUUGGCCGAUUCAAAGGAUCAAAUUGAUCAAAAGAUUUGAUUAUUAUUUCGUGAAUCGAUUCACUAAUUGAAUUAAGUCCACUUUCUGAACUGAUUUAAACCAAUUCGAAAGAAUCACAUCGAUCAAAAGGUUCGAUUCAAAUGAUUCAUUCACAAAUCAUUUCUCUAAAUGAUUCAAAAGAAUCCAAUUGAUCAAAAUAUUACACAAACAAUUCACUAAAUGAUUAGUUCAGUCCACUUUUUGAUCCAGUUUGACGAUUUCAAAAGGAUCGAACUGAUCAAAAGUUUCAACUCAAUCAAUUAUUUCGCCAAUCGGAGCACACCAUCACCAAUCUGUGUGCAGUUUACAUUUGCAGCUGUUAUUUGUGGUUUUCAGUUGCAAAAGUAAUGUAAAAGAGUAUCGGAGUAAAAGUAUUUAUUUAUUAUGUAAAAUGCUGUGAAGUAAAAGUGAAAGUCAGCAAAAAUAUUCAUACUUGAUUAAAGUAGAAAUAUUCAAAAAACGUACUUAAGUACAGUAAGUAUUUUUAUUUUGUUACUAUACACCUCUGGUCAGCUGUUAAACAUUUUUGGCUAUUGUUUAUGUUACGGUUAUGCAAAGCAUCACUGCGUGGUACAGAAUACACGUUCCUGUCAGAGGUUGCACUGCGAAUACACGCAUUAUUUGUCUCUCGGUUGGAUAUGAACAGGAAAAUUUCCAUUGUGGUUAUUUUGUAUCCGUCGUUAGUUGGCUUUGCAUUAUUUCUGUAUUUAAAAGUGUCUGUUCUCGCAGUCACAGAGCUCUUUCUCUCAUGCAUGGUAUGGCGUAUGCCCAUACAGCAGAAAGAGUGAAGCAAUAGUGUUUUCAACUGUCAAAAAGCUGCUAACGCUGCUCUGAUAGCACACAUACAUCACCCAGACGUCUAUUUGAUGUGUGUGUUUAGAUCUGGAAGACAUCUAUAUGACGUAUGUCAAAAGUGUUGUCUUGGAUGUCAAUAAGACGUUCAGCAGAUGUCUUUGAGAUGUUUAUGAUUUAGAAUGUUUGUAAAUCUGAUCUUUUUAAGAUGUUUAGCUGAUGUAAGAUACUUUCCAGAUCUAAAAAGGACAUCUCAGAGAUGUACGUGUGCUGGGUAUCUGGGUUGAUUCUCUCUUGUAUAGAUCGUCGAUAGCACACGUAUGUCUCUGAGAUGUCUGUUUUAGAUCUUUUCAUCUGGAAAGCAUCUUACAUCUGCUAAACAUCUUAAAAAGAUCAUAUUUACAAACAUUCUGAAUAAUAAAUGUCUCAAAGACAUCUGCUGAAUGUCUUAUUGACAUCCGAGACACCACCCCACCAUAGCGACCCGAUGUGAGUACUACAGAGUAGUAUCAGUGCACCUCUAACUGUUACAUCAUCAACAUUUGAAUGACAUCGUCUAUAACAAAACAUAUUUCUGCCUCCUAUGUAAAUCAAUUUAGUAAAAAUAAGAAAUCAGCUUGCUCUUGAGUUGUGAAACUGAAGAGUGAAAAUCUUAUUUGGUUUUUGAUAAACAGUGAAAUAUGCUUUCGUUGUAUAUCUUCACAGGUAAGGUCACAGGAGUGGCCGCUUUAAUAUCACGGGGCACCUGUUAGUUUCCACUCAGAUAAGGGGUGCCCCGAACUCAGGGUAAAAUUUUUAUGUUUCUCUUUUUUAUUGUUACUUAGACUUUUAUGUAUAUUUUCUUUUCUUUAUCAUUUCUUUGAAUUACCACUGAGUAUGAAAUGUGCUAUAAAAAAUUUACUUGACUUGCCAUGCCAUGCCGGAACUGCAAUUUCAUGCAUACUUUUAUUUGUUCGGGUCUUAAAAAGAUCUUAAAAACUACUUGAUUUGGUUUUAAAAACUCUGCAAUAACCCUGCUGAACAGUAAUCUUACUCACUGCAUAGAUCAUAACAGGUUAAUGUUAGAUACAACCUACUGUAUAUUUUGUAUAUUUUAUAUAUACUAUUACUACUUUAUUGUAUAAUGUAUAUUAUAUAUUGCGUGUAUUGUAUACUGUACAGUGUAUGUUAUUAUUUGUAUCUUGUGUUGUGUGUAAUUAUGUGUAUAUUAGAUAUGUAAAUUGUGAUGUGUAAAUCUGAUGUUUAUUGUAAAUUGGUAUAUGUCUCAUCACUGUCAUGACUGCUAUGUUACUCAGAACUGCACCCAAGAAUUUCACCCACUGUUGCACUUGUGUAUAUGAUUGAGUGACAAUAAAGUGAUUUGAUUUGA